AUGUUGUCGAUGAUAAAACGAGUACGGGCGGCUCCCGUAUCCAUGCCAUUGUCGAGUUUGCGCUUUCGAGGAUUUGCGACAUCACUGCCUCUACGAACAGCACCUCGCCGAAGCCGAGACCUAUCAUCCAGCUUCUCCAACACAUACGAUCCGGACGAGGAGGGCAGGGGGCCCAUGUUUAAUAAGAAUACAUUCGGUGUGCCUAAAUUCUACCCCAGAGAUCUAAAGAAGCGGGUGGACGAGUACGUCGUCGGACAGGACCGUGCCAAGAAGACUAUAUCCUCCGUUAUCUUCAAUCAUUACCAAAAUAUCAGGCGAAGACAUCACCAAGAGGAACAAGAGCGCAAGCGUGAGGAGAAGCUACUCCGACGUCAUGAGGCAAGAGACAGGUUUGCACGCGAAAGGGAAGGAGUGCAUCCUGUCGAAGGUGCGCCGUACUAUCAUCCGGUCCGCCGGAGCUAUGCUGCUGACGAAGUCUAUGAAGACGAAUUUCCCGGCCAUAAUGAGUCGGUCAAUGAUCGCGCGCACAAGGUUUGGCAGCAUCGAGAGGAGGAAGAUGAUUUCUACAUUCCGGAAGAUCCGAGUAGACCACCCCCAGUCAAGAUCGACAAGAGCAAUCUGCUCUUGCUGGGCCCAACAGGCGUCGGAAAGACUUUCAUCGUAGAAACGCUCAGCAAGAAGAUUAGCGCCCCACUGACCAUAUGCGAUUGUAAUUCCUUCACACAAGCAGGCUAUAUAGGCCAAGACGUCGAGACCUGUAUCGAACGAUUACUUAUCGAGGCCAACUACGAUAUCAAGGCAUGCGAGCAUGGCAUAGUGAUACUAGAUGAGUUUGAUAAGAUCGCCAGACGAGAGACUAUGAAUGGACGCGAUGUGGGCGGCGAGGGUGUUCAACAAGCGCUGUUGAAACUGGUGGAGGGAUCCAAAGUCACCGUAAAUGUCAAAGACAACCGAUCCUCGUCAUCCCGUUCCGCGAGCCCCAUCACGACCAACUACAGCGGACCUGGCUCUACAUCGUCUAGCUCUGGUCCCCAGACCCAACCUCCUCAAUCUGGCAAAGUUGAUCAGUACACGAUCGACACUUCGAACAUUCUCUUUGUGUUCUGUGGUGCUUUUGUUGGGCUUGAUAAGCAAAUCCUGAAUCGAGUCUCCAAGUCGUCCAUGGGUUUCGGUUCUGAGCUGCGUAGCCGAGCAGACGACUCCAAAGGCCGAGCCAAUCUACCUCUGGAUCUUUUCAAACAUCUCCCGCAUCGACCAGCGAAUGAAGAGGAUAGAUCAACUCUGACGCCAUUGGAUCUUACAAUCCCGGAAGACCUGCAAGGCUUUGGGUUCAUACCUGAGCUAAUUGGACGCAUCCAUAAUAUUGUGGCUCUCUCUCCCCUUUCCCAAGAUGAUCUCUUUAGGAUUCUUACCGAGCCAAGGAAUAGCCUCGUUUCUCAGUAUACUGCUCUUUUUGAGACGUAUCCAUCAACUUUGGCCUUUACACAAAAAGCACUGCGCGCAGUAGCUGAGCGUGCUGAGAAAUCGCGAACCGGAGCGCGUGGUCUGAAGAUGGAGAUGGAGCGUGUACUAGCUGAAGCCAUGUUUGAUGCUCCUGUACCGUAUGUUCUCGUGACGGAAGCUGCUGUGAGAGGUACAGAUAAGCCCUGCUAUUGGGGGAAAGACGGCAAGUAUGAGAUGGAAAGGCGAAUCAAGGAUGAAGAUGGCUCGCUGCCGCACGAUAAUACUGGGCAUGGUGCCCGGGAAGUUGUGUCAGGCACAACUUUUGAGCAGUAUAGGCAGGCUGGAGAGAGCGGCGCAUAG